GGUGACCAUGUUUCAAGGUCUACUACUCAUGGGCAUUAAGAGAACAACACCUGCCAUUGCUUCUGCAAUGCCUAAUCUUAUUCCUGCCUUUGUCUUCAUCAUUGCAGCAAUUCUCAGAUUUGAAAAAUUCUCCAUUUGGUGCAAAUAUAGUCAAGCCAAAGUGUUGGGAACAACUGUGUGCAUGGGUGGUGCCAUAGCUAUGAGCUUGCUACAGACCCCAACAGCAUCAAAGAUGCUGUUCUUUCUGGGCGACUCUGCUGAAGGCACCACUCGUAAGGAUUGGCUUAUGGGUUGCUUCUACCUCCUAGCAGCAAUAAUCAUUGCUGCCAGUGUCAUGGUUUUGCAAGCAGCAACAAUGGUUAGCUUUCCAGCACCAUUCUCAGUUUGUGUCAUAACCUCAUUGAUGGGCUCCAUCCUUACUGGAAUUCUACAAAUACUCAUUGAGGGAAAACUAAAUGUUGGCUCUCCAAAUUUGGGCAUUUCAUUCAUAAUUCUUAUAGUUGUAGUGGGAUCAGUGAUUAGUAAUACUUGUAUUGUUUAUCAAACUUGGUGCGUGAGAAAGAAGGGGCCACUGCUUGUUUCUAUUUUCAGCCCCAUUCAAACAGUUUGUGCUACAAGUCUCUCAAUGAUUUUGUUUGGACAAUCUAUCAGUCUUGGAAGUUCAAUUGGAAUGCUUAUAAUGAUCAAAGGGCUUUAUUUGGUCCUAUGGGCAAAGAGACGAGAAAGUCUUGUACCGGUUGAAAAUAACCAUAAUAUGUCAAAUGCUCCUCUUGAUAUAGAAAAGCAUCUAUUGUCAUAGGACCUUAAUUAGAUUCUAUUUGCUUUCUUAGUUGAAAGUAUCUCUAAAAUUAAUGAUAUUUAUUCAAUUUUAAACGUUUAUGGAAAGGUUUAACAUAGAAGCAUGGGAGUUUAAAGCUUAAUUAUGAUUGAAGUAAAGAGGAUUGAAAUUGCAUAAUGAUUAUGAUGGACUUUCAUUUAGAGAAAUGCUCCAAUGCAUUUGAAGUAUAUUUUGAUUUUAUUUAUGUACAUUUUUAAAGAUAUGUCCUUUUAAUAUCCCCAUUUGAGUAAAUGCAUACUUACAAUUUAUGUC